AAAACAAUAAUAAAAUAAUGGUAGGGGUUGUAACAGUUAGAGUUGUUCGCAUGUUUAAGGGGGUGCAAGCAAGCUGUGUCUGUGUGUACCAAGUCCAACAAAUGACAGAUGAGUUGUACUUGUCUUUCUCCACUCCUCCCCCAAUCUAUCUAACUACCAAACCGAACUCUCUCACCAUUCAAUUCAAAAAUAAAAACCUCCCAUCACGUCUCACUUGUGUCUUCUUAAAUAUAUAUAUAUAUAUAUAUUAUAUAUAUAUAUUACUCCCUCAUUAAUUAUUCUCAUUUCUAUUACCUCUUACCGUCUCUUUCUUUUCCACACCCCACUUUACUACUACUACUACUCUGGCUACCAAAAACUGUUUGAAAAUCAUUACAACCUUAAUAGAACAAUUAACGUUGUUAUGGCUGUUGGAGCACUUGAUUCCAAACAUGUUCCAAUUCCAAGUGAAGAAGAUAAAGAAGACGAUUUCAUCACCGAGUUAACUCACCACAUGUCUCACUUCAUUCUUCAAGAAGAUAACGACUCAUUCGAUUUCACGAAACCGUGGGACUUAACGGUUUCACCCGAUUCAACUCUCUGGUCACCGGGGAGUUAUAACCAUGGAAGCUCUGAAGGCUCGUCUCAGGAACCAUCUCCCCCACCUACACCGUGUUGGAAGAAACCGACAACGACGACAACCUACGAUCAUGUCGUUGAUGUGUUUGAGAAUAAUAUUAAUGCUACAAAGUCGAUUUCCUCACACCGAGCAUUGAUUCAGGAACAAAUCAAAGCUAUCGAAGUAAGGAAACAGCAUGAAAAAGAGAUUCAGAGUGAGAAGAAAGGUAAUAAUGGAGUGAACCGGGUUCGUCCUCGUCCGCCGAGGCCGGCUCCAUUGCAGACCGGUAUGCGAGCGGUUUUUAUUGGUGGACCCGGUUCGAGAAGUGGGACCGGUGUUUUUUUGCCUCGUUCUGGAACCGUUGCUCCAUCGGAAUCAACAAAAAAGAAAGGGAAAGGUUGCUCCACUGUCCUUAUACCAGCAAGAGUUGUGCAAGCUUUGCAACAACACUUUGACAAAACCGCUACAGUAUCUGGAGGAUCCAAAGUUGUUGGCUUCCCUCCACUACGAGAUCUUGUUGUGAGUGAUAAGGAAGGCAUGUAUUCACUUGAGAACCAACAGUCAACAAAGGCACCAAAAGAUGUCCAAGAUGAUAUGAUUCUGCCUCAAGAAUGGACAUAUUGAAGUUAACUUCAGUGAAUUCAAUACUAUAGAGCCACAUGCAUUUGCAAAUUUGGAACUAGUUCUCUGUUUACACACUCACACGCACGUGAUAUUGGUAAUAAAUCAUAAUCAUAAUCAUCAUUAUCAUUAUAAUAAUAAUGGUGAUGAAAAUAAUUUUGUUUUGGCAAAACUUUUUACCAGACUAAUGAAAUAAACAAAUAAAAGGAACUCCUUGCAAGAGAUUCGAUUCAUGAAUAUAUAGAGGGAAUCUUUUUUAAGUCGCAAUCAGUGUGACAAAUAUGUAUCUUGUUUUGUAAUUUGCUUCUCUCUUAAGUUGUUUUUAUAUAUAAGUUUGCGUAGCACGUACUCCUGUCUUUAAUCGUGACAAAGGGAUGUAAUAAAAAAUAAGGAAUGAAAUCUAGCAGUUUCUUGUAUUAAAUGCUAAGCAAAAUGGUUACUAGAGUAUUGACUUUAGGAUGGGGAUGUAUUUUAAAAUCCUUUGAAAUUAUUUAGCUUGAGUAAUGAAAUAAAAUAAUCUUUGUGUGUUAUA